AUGAGAGCAGGCAUUAUAUUACUUCUCCUUGUUCUCUGGAUCCUCAGCGGCGAUGACGCUCCCCAAACAGCCUAUCUUCAAAAGGCACUCUCGGACCUUCAGGAGGAGGCUAGUUUCUGCGCCAACAGGACCUUUGGAACCAAUUUGACCUAUCCCGUGUCGGAGGUGGUCACAGCCGAGCUGACAAAACUCUUUUACCCAGAGAACAGGGAUCCUCGGGCGCAUUAUUACAGCAACGUGACAGGAUCGUUCAGGGGAGACUGGACCUUUGACGAAGAGAUUGCAGAAAUGAUCAACAAAGAACAGCCACUUCUACCCGCGCCAAAGAACGAAACCCUAACCGAUGGCUCCAAAGAUGAUAACUCCACCGAUAAGAUUGAGAAUCCGGACGACAAAGAUAAACCAGCGAACGGCACGACGUUACUUAUGAGCGGCAAAGAAGGUGGCAUCAACAGUACGAUAGGAGAGCUGUGGCAGGAGAAGGAGGAAGAAAAGGCAGUCGACACAAUCGAGGACAAGAGACCCAAAUACCAGGAGGAUGUCGAUACUUUCCGGGGACCAUUUCAAUUCAACGAGUCCGGGACGUUUGUCUUCAAUGUCAAGGAGACCAAGGCCACGGAGUAUGUGAACUUUGUCAAGGGGAGCUGGAGACUUAAGCACGACGACAAUGAGGAUUAUGGCAUCUCUUUGACGGUUCAGGGGAUUCACUUCGUCCACAAUGGAUCAUUUUACAUGUGGGGUAUACCCGAAGACCGAAUGCCGCUUUGGCAUAUCCUGGACUUGAUGCCUGAUAAUGCUUCGUUUGCAAUGGCGGCAGCGGCGCUCAAGGAGCGAUAUCAGAAGCGGAUCAAAACCAUCCAGGACAUUAUGGACGGCAAGGAGCGUCUUGAAUAUCCAGAGACGGCACUCUCAGAGCCUUCGAGCUGCCAUUAUCAGAUGUACAUGCAGCUCGGCGCUAUUAGCCCAAGUGUCCGACCCAACGCGUUGAAAGAUCUGGAACGAGAAUGGGCGGCGCCGCAAGGAAUAUCGGUCAUCAAGGCGCCGCACCUGAACUCGACACUCUUUAUGUAUUCACCCAAUUGCCGCUUAACAAUCGGUGUCAAAAAGUCGGAAGGAAUGAAACGCGAAAAGUUCUAUACAAAGGCCGUCUAUUACGCGGGCAUGGCUGGCACGGUCGCGUUCAUCCAAGUAUUCCUCCUUGUCCGCCAAAUGGAGUACACUCCUACGCCAUCAAGUGUCUCCAAGGUGUCAUAUUGGACAAUCGCAAUCCAGGUCUUUAUUGAUUCAUAUCUGUGCAUGCUUCAUUUGACGACGGGUAUCCUUGUUGAACGACGCGGGAGACGCAACCGUGCAGCCGCACAAGCUGCAGCGGCGCAGGCAGCACAGGCUCAGGCGACAUCCACUAACGCGACGACGACUGACGGCGCAGGCUCCGCAACAACGGCUGCGAGACCUACCGAUACCAUGCCUGGUGGCCUUCCCCUCCCCGUCACAGCACCUCGACCGACCCCACCACCCGAGGAUGAUAGUCCGCGAUCAGACAUGCAGGCACUCUAUGGCCGAUUCUACUGGAUGCUCAUAAUCAGUCUGGUUAUACUGUACAAGAUCGCAAUCAGCUCAACCAAAGUGCAAAACUUGAUGAUCUCGGUCUGUGCCGUGGCUCUGUUCUCAUUCUGGAUCCCUCAAAUCAUCCGCAAUGUGAUCCGGGGAUCUAAGAAGGGCCUCAGCCUGUGGUUUAUCUUGGGCAUGAGCGCCACACGCUUGACAAUCCCUGUCUAUUUUUAUGGCUGCCCUGAUAACCUGAUGGGUCACGAGCCUACACCCUGGAUCUGGGGCCUUGUAGCCUGGGUGGCUCUUCAGGUGGGAGUCUUGUUGCUUCAGGAUUGGCUCGGUCCCCGCUUCUUUGUUCCCAAGAAGAGUCUAGAGCUGGACGCGCGGCUCCGGGAGGCCACCAGCACGGACCCCAGCAGGAUUGCGCUAUCUGUAUGCUCCCUAUCGAUACUGCUUCAGGAGCUGCGAGAUUAUCCAGUGUCGUUGGCAGUCUUGGUCGACUGA